GCGCCGAGCCUCGGGACAAUGGGGCCGCGGUGGCUGCUGCUCGUCGCCGCGGGGCUCAGUCUGUGCGGCCCCCUGCUGUCGGCCCGCACCCGAGGCCUCAAGUCAGAGUCCGAAACAAUCAAUGCUACUGUGGAGCUCCGGUCAUUUUUUCUCCGGAAAUACACUGACUUUGAACAGAUCCCCCUGAAGGAUGUUGAGGACCAAAACGAUGAAAGUGCAUUGGACGUGGAUGUGCAAUUAAGUGCCAACAAUAGAAGCGGUCUUCCCAGAUCACCUCCUGUGUUCAUCUCACAGGCAGCCUCGGGAUAUCUGACCAGCACCUGGUUGACUGUCUUCAUCCCCUCCGUCUACACUGGUGUGUUUCUCGUAAGCCUUCCUCUAAACGUCAUGGCCAUCAUCGUGUUUGUCCUGAAGAUGAAGAUCAAGAAGCCAGCCGUGGUGUACAUGCUGCACCUGGCCACGGCCGACGUGCUCUUUGUGUCCGUGCUUCCAUUCAAGAUCAGCUACUAUUUUUCCGGAAGCGACUGGACCUUCGGGUCUGCCAUGUGUCGCUUCGUCACUGCCGCCUUCUACGGUAACAUGUAUGCCUCCAUCAUGCUCAUGACGGUCAUCAGCAUUGACCGGUUUCUGGCCGUGGUGUACCCCAUCCAGUCGCUCUCCUGGCGUACGCUGGGGAGGGCUUCCUUCACCUGUCUGGCCAUCUGGGCCAUGGCCAUCGCGGGGGUGGUGCCUCUGCUCCUCAAGGAGCAGACCACCCUCGUCCCCGGGCUCAACGUCACCACCUGCCAUGAUGUGCUCAACCAAACGCUGCUCGAAGGCUACUACGCAUAUUACUUCUCCGCCUUCUCUGCCGUCUUCUUUUUUGUGCCCUUGAUCAUUUCCACCGUCUGUUACGUGUCCAUCAUCCGAUGUCUAAGCUCUUCCACGGUGGCCAACCAGAGCAAGAAAUCCCGGGCCUUGUUCUUGUCGGCUGCAGUUUUCUGCAUCUUCAUCCUCUGCUUUGGACCUACAAACGUCCUUCUGAUUCUCCAUUAUGCGUUCCUUUCCCACAAUUCGAUGACAGAGGCUGCCUACUUUGCCUACCUCCUGUGUGUCUGUGUCAGCAGCAUAAGCUGUUGCAUUGACCCCCUGAUUUACUAUUAUGCCUCCUCUGAGUGCCAGAGGUACCUCUACAGUAUCUUAUGCUGCAAAGAAAGUUCGGAUCCCAGCAGUUAUAAUAGCAGUGGUCAGUUGAUGGCAAGUAAAAUGGACACUUGCUCUAGUAACCUGAACAGCAGCAUAUACAAAAAGCUGUUAACUUAGGGAAAGGGCCUGACAGUGAGCUAACAAGAAAAGGUUCAAAAAGCAAAUAACCUGAGGAUUCUAUGAAGUCCCUGCCAAAAAAGUAUUUCCCAUCUAAAACAACAGAAGUACGAUUUGCAUGUCUUCUUCUGAGAGCUGUGAAGCAUAGAUAUUUGUGGGUUACAGGAGAAAAAAUAAUAGGAAUAGAAAACAAUUUUAUUCCAAGAGAAUAUUGCUCGGUGACUUAUUAUAGAUGAGUGUACAUACACAGGCACAUACAACACACUUGCAUCAUUUCUAGUGCUGUAUAGAAUAGGCGCUUUGAAGCCCUCUUUUUUUUUUUUUUUUUUUUUUUUUUUUUUUUAACCAGAGAUAAUGGAAAUCUACUCUGCUUCUCUGAUUUAAUAUGUAAAGCUUAGGUUGGUGGAGGUUAGCCCUGAGCAUCUAAAGAAGUUCAUCCGCAGUGAAGAAUUCUACUGUUUGGACUUGUAUGGCUUUUGCAAAUAAGUGUAUUUUGAGUUGUUCGAGAGCAAUAUUUAAAUUAUUAAAGGAUGAGAUUUUGUACUAUCUGUGUGUCGAAAGAGUCCUGCAGUUUUUCAUUUUAACCAUAGCAAAGGUUGAAUUCUUAAAAUUAUUAAAACAGAUGAAAGAUGACACAGGUAGCAUUUUUGCUCUUUGACACCCCUGAUGUGUAAGCGAAGAACAAACAGAGGGCCCACCAGUGAUGUCAGGUGGGCUUUCACAGCAACUUGCCCCUGGAGGGUGGACUCCAAACAGUAACUACAUGACAGGGCCGGUUCAGACAUGGAUUGGCCACAGAGCAGAGGGAUCAGGAUCGCCAUGUUUGCCGUCUCCUGCUGGGAUCCCCUCAAGGGUUGGCUUUGAACUUAGCGUGUUCAUUAGAAGUUGGCCCAGUAGCAUGUGCUCUAGAAGAGAAGAUGAGGAGUUUCGUCAAUGAAUGGAAAUGAAUCUGACGCAUCCAUGAGGACGCAGAUUUGAUCUCUGGCCUCUAUCAGUGGGUUAAGGAUCCUGUGUUGCUUUGGCUGUGCUGUAGGCUGGAGACCAUAGCUCUGAUUCAGCCCUGUACCUGGGAACCUCCAUAUGCCAUGGGUGCAGCCCUAAAAAAAAAAAAAAAAAGAAGAAGAAGAGAUGAUGAAUAGACCUCUCUGCCCAUUUUUAGAAUGGAGAGAGAAGGCACGUUCACCUCCAGCAGUUUUGCUGCCAGUACCAUUCUCAGACACUCACCAUGUACUCUGGGUGCCCUGAUGGGUGCAGGGGAAUACAGUUGAGUAAGACUGAAACCUGCUCUAAAGAAAAAGAGACAGAGACAUAGGGUGUGAUAUGUGCAAAAGAAACACAUCAUUAUGUGAAGAAGUGUUUUUGGCCGGAUGUCACCAAGUAAGUGCCACAUAAUCAAGCCUGACAGGUGAAGAACGUUGAACAUUUGGGUUACUGCUUCUUGUGGUUAUAACUUGAGAUGAAUACAAUAUACAGUACAGGAAGUGCGUUUUUGAAAAUAAGUUCUGUGGUAUGUCUUAAUUGGGCACUAUUUAUUUAUUUACAAAAGUUUUGUUCAGUAAAUUCCUCAAAUUAGAUUUUUUAAAAAAGAAUCAUUAUAUCGGUUGGAUUAGACAUGACAGAAGAAAAUGGAAUUGACUUUGAAAUCUUGGGAAAUUAGUCUCUAUUUUCCAUUCACUCUUCUUAGGAGUUAAUGAGAUGAUUUUCAAAGCAUUUUUUGGAGUUCCCUGGUAGCCUCGUGGUUAAGGAUCCAACAUUGUCAUUGCUGUGGCUUGGGUCACUGCUUUGGCAAGGGGUUCAGUCUCUGGCCUGGGAACUUCCACAUGCCAGGUGUAGCCGCCUCCCCCCCAAAAAGCAUGUUUUAACCCUGUGAUGAGUACCAAGUACAGAAUAUCCUCAUGUAUUUGAUAAAAUAAUUUGAAAAUUAGGUUGAAAUGUAUCUUUUUUUUUCCUUAUGAGAAAAUGUUGGCAUUUUAAACAAAAAGAGUAGAAAGUUGUGAGGCAAGUGUUUAUCUAUUUAAAAGAGCAAACUGUCUCCAAAUGCCAUGGAAUAAUUUACGUAAAAGUAUGUUUUGGGGUUCCUGUUGCAGUACAGUGGGUUAAGGAUCCAGUGUUGUCUCCAGUGAAGGUUUGAUCCUUGGCCCAGUGCAGUGGGUUAUGGAUCUGGCGUUCUGCAGCUGCAGCUCAGAUACAACCCCUGGCCUGGGGAACUUGCACAUGCCAUGAGUGCAGCUGAAAAAGGAAAAAAAAAAGUAUGUAUGAUAAGUAGAGGCUAACAUUGUUUUUAUUAAGUUAGUUGCUAUAUUCAUUUUAUCCAAUUUAGUGGAGAUACACUGUCAUUGUUUAUUCAUUCUGUUUGUGUUACAAUACCUCUGACUUAAUAAAAACUAUCAUUACUGUGUUAUCAAUAUAUGCUUAUAAGAUACUAUGUCACUGUUUUUAUGUUCUUUUUAAAUGCUGUAUGUAACCUAUAUUAAUAAACUUGAAAGUUUGCUCUGUA